CUGAUUAGUCCUGAACGUGAAAAACCAUUUAUAGUGGAGAUUAACAGCUCACAGCCAAUAUACCCUGAAUUUAAGAGAUAAGACGUUAAGAAGGUUUUAACAAGUCGUUUGACAUCUUUCCCUGACGUAAUUACAGCGCCGAGUUCGGCCAAAUUUCAAGCAAGACGCCACAAUUUUGUGUUCUCAAAAAGAGCAGCCGUUCAUUCAGCUUUGCCUUUGGAAAACUUUUAUAACGAAAUGCCGGCAAAAUACGGAAAGGAGCCAGGACUUUUGCAAGAGACAAUCAGUAAGUUAACCUACAAGAGUGAAUAUGCGACAAAUUAUACAGGGGAACGUGUCCCAAUACAGAACAUCCGAAUUCCAACAGGAUUAAGGCCGUGUGUUAGGAUGUCUGCAUGGGACGAGGCUCAGAAACCAGAGACCUCUCGGGUGAUUCAAUUACCAUUUCACCAAAGGCGAAACCAUCCUGCCAGAAUAAAUCUGCAAGGAUUACAGCCAUCGCCAACCGCAAGAGCAAAAAGUGCUGUUCAAAGACCCAGCAGCAACAUUUCCGAAUUGAGUCGAAGCGGUGGUCGGAAAUCUACGAUUCCGAUGUCGGCAGGCUCGAGGCACGAAAGACCUGGUAGGAAAGAUUUACUCAACCGACCCCACAGCUUAGUGGCACGAAGACCGCAGAGUGAACUUUCGCGUUAUCCGAAAGAAUUUCGUUACAUUGACAAACAGUGCUUCUUCCAUCCGGCGAACGAGCCAACGAGAGGCUUCUUUGUCAUUAGCCCAGACUGGGUAUCCGAGCGUAGGAAUUACUUUAUACGCAAGAAUACUUUGUUUGGUUAAGUUAGCUCGGUCUGACUUAGGCCAAUAAUCACUGAUGAAUUACUAAUGAGUAUCGACCCUGCUAUCAAAUUAACAUAACCUAUAAAAAUGAUAAUCAGUGUUUACACUUUCAUUUUGGAAAAUUGAGUGCUUUCGUCACAAUUUUGUCAUUACAGCAUCUGAGUCUGUAAAAUACACAUUUGUUUAAACUCGAGGUGCAGUGUGAAGGUCUUUCUGAAACCAAGAGAUCACAAUCUCUUGCUGAAACGUAACAGUCCUUCUUCCAUCUAUGUUUUGCUCGUAGCCUUGUGACCUUGGUCUAAAUUUGAAGGUUGAGGAAAAGCAAUUAAACCGCGAAGAGCGAUUUCCUCUUUCUAUUAUCGACCACGAGGGCUACUCGAAAUUAUUUCCCUUCGACAGGAAGCAGUUUUGCUCUCGAUCGAUUGGAAUCAAUCUUUUCAAUUGACGACCAAACUCAAAAUCUGCCAACGUUCUAGC